AUGGCUGCUAGAGGAUCUGGUUCGGCGCGAAGAGCACUAGCAAAAAAAUUUGUACCUUCAUUAAUGACAACGCUUACUUAUCAUGGACAAACUAUUGAAGCCACUACUCAACAAUUUGAUAUUCUUCGUGUACUUGGACGUGGAUGUUAUGGAACAGUACUGGCUGUAACAAUUGAAGGACAUCCAGAUGUUCAAAUGGCUGUUAAAAAAAUAGCACUUGAAACACAAGAAGAACGUCGAGCAUCCACAUAUACAGAUUUAACAACAAUUCAAAAUGUUGGUUCACAAAAUUAUCCAUAUAUUAUUUCUUAUUAUGGAGCAGUUAUCGAUAAAGAAGCUAGUGAGUUACUUAUUUGUGUAGAAUUAAUGGACGCAUCAAUGGAUAGAUUUUAUCAAACAAUGCAUUCACUUAAUAAUGUUUCAUAUACAGAUCUUGAUCAUGUAUUAUGUCGUUUAACUCAUAAUAUAACAUCAGCCCUCCAUUUUCUUAAAACUCGUCGAAUCUUACAUCGUGAUGUUAAACCUCAAAAUAUGCUUGUUAAUAAACAAUCAGUCUUUAAAUUAUGUGAUUUUGGUAUUAGUCGUCAAAUGCGUGUAUCACAAUCAAUAGCUGUUGGUGCCGUUCAAGGUACUGAAGCAUAUUUACCACCUGAAUUGAUUGGUGAUGGUAGUCAACCAUAUGGUAUUCGUGCUGAUAUGUGGGCACUAGGAUUAAGUUUAUUUGAAAUCGUUGCUGGAAAACAACCAUUUGCAAAUAUGAAUUCAUUUCAAACGAUGAAAACAAUUCAAGCAUGGACUCCAACAAUACCAGCAAAUCCAAAAAUUUCAAAUGAUAUGAAACAUCUUAUUACACAAUUACUUAAAAAAACUGUCGAAGAACGACCAAAGACUUAUCUUGAAAUACUUGAAGUAUCAUCAAUAGAAAGUGUUAGUACAAAUCCAUCUAAUGAAGAAAUAACAUUUGUAACUCAUAUUCUUGAUAAUAUCCCUCCAUUAAAUGAAUAA